GAGAGCGCACGCUCAUCGGCCGGCGCUGUUGCGAGGGGGCGAAGCGUCGCGAACGAGCGCGCGCGCACCCGGCCAGCCAGGCAGGCAGGCAGGCAGGCAGGCAGGCGGGGAGGCGGACCGUCUUUCCUCAAAGAGCGUUCGCGUCGCGUCGCGUCGCGUCACGGAGCCGCAGCGGGCGAGAGAUGCUGAGGUGACAGAAGGAGAGAAGAAGGAGAAGAAGGCUGAAGGGUUUGAAAUUCUGCAAAAGCCGCACACAUUGUGGGUUCGAGACACAAUCCGCGAAUCGGCCGCGACCCCCCCCCUCCUCCUCCUCCUCCUCCCAUUCCCCACCGAUCAACAUGAUGAUUUGCGCAUAAGGCUGCCCACGAUGGGAUUAAACGCGGCGGUCCGGGCUUCCAUUGAGACACGCAGAGGCGGGGAUUCCGUGUAACCACACCCGGCAGCUCUGGAGGAUCGCCGCUCGCGGGACCCAAGGUAGCGAGCAUCAGCAGGCCCCCAUGCCAGGCCCUGCCCCACGGUGGGCAUCCAAGAGGCAGCACUCGGUGGACUCAAGGGUGGCAGAAUGAGUGGAGGUGUGGAGCAGGCUGACAUCCUCAGCACGGGCAUGCUCGUCAAGGAGCGAUGGAAGGUGGUGAAGAAGAUCGGGGGAGGCGGCUUUGGAGAGAUCUACGAGGCGCUGGACCUGCUGACGCGGAUCAACGUGGCGCUCAAGGUUGAGUCGGCCCAGCAGCCCAAGCAGGUUCUGAAGAUGGAGGUGGCCGUUUUAAAGAAGCUGCAAGGUAAAGACCACGUGUGCCGCUUUGUGGGGUGUGGCCGCAACGAUCGCUUCAACUACGUGGUGAUGGAGCUGCAGGGCCGGAACCUGGCAGACCUGCGCCGCAGCAUGGCCCGGGGUACCUUCACGGUCAGCACUACCCUGAGACUCGGCCGGCAGAUCCUAGAAGCCAUCGAGAGCAUUCACUCCGUGGGCUUCCUGCAUCGGGACAUCAAACCGUCCAACUUUGCCAUGGGCCGGUUUUCCAGUACGUACCGUACCUGUUACAUGCUGGAUUUUGGCCUUGCACGCCAGUUCACAAACUCCAAUCAGGAAGUUCGUCCGCCCCGCCCGGUGGCUGGGUUCAGAGGAACCGUACGCUACGCGUCAAUCAACGCGCACAAGAACAAGGAAAUGGGUCGCCAUGAUGACCUCUGGUCUCUGUUUUACAUGAUAGUGGAGUUCAUGGUAGGCCAGCUGCCCUGGAGGAAGAUCAAGGAUAAGGAGCAAGUUGGUAAGCUGAAAGAGACUUACGACCAUCGACUCAUGCUGAAACAUCUGCCAUCGGAGUUCAGCGUCUUCCUGGACCACAUCUGUAGCCUGGACUACUUCACCAAACCUGACUAUCAGUUGUUGAUGUCAGUGUUUGAGAAGAGCAUGAAGACCUACAACGUGGUUGAGAACGAUCCAUACGACUGGGAGAAGAGUGCAUCUGACGGCACGCUUACCAUCAACACUUCAGCAAACACGCUACAGCAUCACACCCGCCUCACGCCAGCGCACAUGGGCAUGGCGAACGCAUCCAUUGUCCCGGGAGACCUUCUGCGGGAGAAUACGGAUGAAGUUCUGCAAGACGAGCAACUUACUGACGGGGACAACAACUGCCCUCCUGACAGACUGACCGGCUCGCCAAUCCUUCCCCUUCGCACGCAGGAAGCUGAUAUAUGGGAGGAGCUGGAUCGCAACCGCAACCGCAUCCCAACCAACAUCUGGAAGGCUGCCACAGAGGAGGAGCACAGCCAGAACCAAGGCAACCAGAGCCCUUACACUGGGCCCAGCCUGGGCUCCCCGGUGCGAGUUCGCUCCGAGCUGGCUCCAUCAGACCGGGAGGCACCGCUGUUGAGGAAGCUUCGCAACAUUCACAGCUUCGAGCUGGAGAGGAGACUGACCUUGGAGCCCAAGCCGAGCACCGAGCGCUUCCUGGAGGCUUGCUUGGGGAAGCAGCACGGUGGAUCGUUGCCCAAUAAAGAGGGUCAGGUUGGACUGGGCCUGGCUGCUUCUGGUGGGCGUGGUGAUCGAGUGUGGCACUACGAUGAGGAAGUAGUUUCAGGUGGGGGAUCCCCAAAGCCGGGCUCCCCAGGGUCCCCGGAGCAAGGGGAGGGGGCUGCCAGCAGCGGGUUCGUGGCCGUCAACCUGAGCUCGGGACACCAGGAUGUGGACUCUCGCGAGUGGGUCAUAGUGGAUCGUGGCAAGGAGCUCCAGGACUUCAGAUGCAGCGUGGGCAGCAGCGGAGGCCGGCCCAGAGGGACGAGGGCCUCCAGCAGCCCCUCGGAAGAAGAGCCUGAGAUCCUGCAGCCAGUUGAAGACACCCCCAAUGGAGAGAAGGGUGACUGCAGGGAUGCUCAGGGGCCCCCAGCACCUUUCAUGGGACCACCCAGGAUGGAAAGGCUAGAGCUGAGCAUGGGACCAACUGGCGGCAUUGCCCCUGUGACUCCCACGAGCCCUGCAGAAGCCAUGGCUGAGGGUGUGCUCACCCAGCUCCCCACCUCUCCCCGGUCCCUUCCCGAGGAGCUUGCUGCCCGGACCUCGAGCCCCCUGCUCCUUCGCUCCCCGAGCCCAAACACCCUCCUGAGCACCCUGUCGGACCCGUUGCACCAACGCACGCCCAGCCUGCGCCGCAGCCAGUCCGCUGAGCAGGCUUCUGCUUCCAGCCACGCUCGCUCGCCUGGGCGCCGGAGGCUUCCUGCCAUUCCGGCGGGAGCGGCCAACGCCAAGCUCCCCUCGGUCAUUCGCAUCACACGAGCCCAGCUCCAGCAGCUGACAGCUCCUCGGCCCUCCGUACUUUCCUCCCAGUCGGCCUCUGACAGUGUGCCUCCAGGUCUCCUGCUGGAGAAGCGUGACACUGAUCCACAGCCUCUAGACAGCACUGCCGACCUGCACUCCCCCCAAGAGCGCCUACCUACCCAACCUGGCAGUCCCGCUCUCCCCCUGGGGGAAAGACUGAUGAAUGGAGACUCUGUCCAGAAAGCGCCUAGCCCUGUGCCAAGCCUGGUCUCAUCUCCUGGCUCCCCCCGCUCUCCAAGGUCACCAAGAUCACCCUGGUCUCCCCGUAGCCCCGUCUUUGCUAAUGGCCACCUUUCGUCUCCUGUCGACACCAAGGGCGAAGACGGGGGGCCCUUCCCAGAGCUAAAGGACCCUGAGAGCGACUCGGGUUACCCAGAUCGCUCCAUUGAGCCCAUCCAGCACACCAUGGAGGAGGCAGACCGAGAAGUAAUAGAAAGUACGGGCCAUAACUCCUCCCUGUUGCCUCUGGCAGCUCGCCGAGACCCAGCUCGCCGGCUAAGCCGCAUCCCCAUCCUGGAGCCUGGGAGCCCCCUGGACACCCCCCCUCCAGGCUCGGCCAAAGAGAAGCUGCUGCAGAAGAAGGCUCACCACCAUGGCCCUGCUCCAUCCUCCCCUUCCCCUUCACCAUCUCUCUCCUCUGACAAGCGCCCCCCAGUGGCUGCCCUGCCUCGAGACCAGCUGUCUUCCACCUCUGACCGCUCCCAGGAUGAUGAGUCCUACCUGGGGUCACGGUCAGACCACCAGGUUGACGAAGCACCUUCGCUGUCAUCAUCCUCCAGUCCGAUGUCACGCAAGAGUAAAAUCCCGCGCCCGGUGGCUCCAGUUAUGGUGCCUGAUCACCUGGCUGCCCACUUCCUGCCCCGCCCACCUCCAGGGAAACCUCCGAGUCGACCAACCACAGAUUGCAGGUUGCGGCGGUACCGUAUUCGUGCUGCCAGCACCAGCGACUCAGAUCUCCUCACCUGCCUGGCCCAGCUGAUGCAUGGUGGCUCUGGUGGUUCUCCUGUCCGGGGCUCUGCCAUAAUGCGCUCUUCACCACUCACCAAUUUCCGGGCCAACCCUGCUGCGCCACCCAUCCUCCAGCGUAGCUCCAGCGCCUCACCCCGCAGCUCCUUCUCUAUACAGCGCUCGGCGAGCUCCUCCCCCUCUCGCCACGAGCCACGCGGAGUCCGCAGCCGCUCGCCACCCAGCAUCUCUGGAUCGCCACCGUCCCGCCGCACCUACCCCCGUCCUAGUCUGUGCCACUCGCCUCGAGGCAAAGGCUGCAGCCGUGAGGGCAAAUGCUCUAACAAGCUGAGCAGAUAGUGCCCGGGUGUGCUGUCAACAUGGUAAUGGUGGUGAUGGGUGAUUAUUAUUAAGAUGAUGAUGACCAGGGGCCCUAUGCCACAUCAUGUUGUAGAUCUUGACAGAUCCUGUUCAUGCAUUUAAACUAUUUACCCUCCUUGAAUAUUACAUCACACUGACAGCUGUACCCAAGUACCCUUUUCUCUCACUCCCUUUCCACACUCUGCUGGUUGAUCUCCUGCUCACGUUCCUUCUGCACACUAAGUUAAUCUUCCUUCUUAAACCCUCUUUGAUUUUUCUCUUUAUUUCUUUAAUUUCAUAAUACGUAUUUUGUCUGUUAAACCACAGCAGAGGAACUGAGGAACUGAGGUGGCAGAUAAACGUAAUUAAAAUUGUAUUCUCUGAGAUGUACGUCGCUUUGGAGAAAAGCGUCUGCUAAAUGAAUAAAUGUAAAUUCCGGUGCCAAGCCUUUUAGCACUGAGUGUGUGUAGACAGCAACAAAAUUACAUGCAGGAUAUGUUUAAAAAAAAAAAAAA